GCGGGGAGCCUGGAAACGGCCCAGAUGAGUUGAAGGAUUGAUACAAUGUAUCCAGAGUGAGUCGCGCUCUUCUCCUCCACCGCAGCACAAGGAGACCGGCACCGGGAGGAGAUUGUAACCCGGAGGCCGAGCACCACCGAGACUUCAUGCUGCACCCACUCCAGUCUCAUGGCACGGGAUCCUGGCAGCAGCAUGGGGGGCUCCUAUAAACUUUGCAGCCUGCUGGCGCUGCUGUGUGCCAGCCUGGCGGUGGAGGCUCAGUAUAAUGGGGAGAAGGGCAUCUCUAUCCCGGACCAUGGGUACUGCCAGCCCAUCUCCAUCCCCCUCUGUACGGAUAUCGCUUAUAACCAGACCAUCAUGCCCAAUCUGCUGGGGCACACCAACCAGGAGGACGCCGGGCUGGAGGUGCACCAGUUCUUCCCGCUGGUGAAGGUUCAAUGUUCUCCAGAGCUGAAGUUCUUCCUCUGCUCCAUGUAUGCUCCGGUGUGCACGGUGCUGGAGCAGGCUCUGCCCCCCUGUAGGUCCCUCUGUGAGAGGGCAAGGCAAGGCUGCGAGGCUCUGAUGAACAAGUUUGGCUUCCAGUGGCCUGAGAGCCUCCGCUGUGAGAAGUUCCCAGUGAAUGGGGCAGGGGAGCUGUGUGUGGGGCAGAACACCUCAGACAAGGGCACCCCUACACCAGCCGUCCCUGUCUCCUGGACCAGCAACCCUAACUUCAGAUACCCCCACAGGGACAAGUUCACCUGCCCAAGGACCCUGAAGGUGCCACCUUAUCUCAACUACCACUUCUUGGGGGAGAAGGACUGUGGUGCCCCUUGUGAAGCUGGCAAAGUGAAUGGGUUGAUGUAUUUUGCCCCAGAGGAAUUGCGUUUUUCCCGCAUAUGGAUAGGGAUAUGGUCGGUACUGUGCUGUGCGUCCACCCUCUUCACAGUCCUGACUUACCUGGUGGACAUGAAACGCUUCAGCUACCCAGAAAGACCCAUCAUCUUCCUCUCUGGGUGCUACACCAUGGUGGCCAUAGCCUACAUCGCUGGCUUUCUGCUAGAAGACAAAGUAGUGUGCAAUGAGAGGUUCUCAGAGGAUGGCUACAAGACGGUGGUCCAGGGGACCAAGAAAGAGGGCUGCACCUUCCUCUUCAUGAUGCUUUACUUCUUCAGCAUGGCCAGUUCCAUCUGGUGGGUCAUACUCUCCCUGACUUGGUUUUUAGCAGCUGGCAUGAAAUGGGGGCACGAAGCCAUAGAAGCCAAUUCUCAGUACUUCCACUUGGCAGCUUGGGCAGUGCCAGCCAUCAAGACCAUCACCAUUUUGGCUGUGGGGCAAGUGGACGGGGAUAUUCUCAGCGGGGUUUGUUUCGUUGGAAUAAACAACGUGGACGCCCUCCGCGGAUUUGUCUUGGCCCCGCUUUUCGUUUACUUGUUCAUUGGCACUUCCUUUCUCCUGGCCGGUUUCGUGUCCCUCUUCAGGAUCAGAACCAUCAUGAAACACGACGGCACCAAAACUGAAAAAUUGGAGAAGCUGAUGGUGAGGAUAGGCAUCUUCAGCGUCCUCUACACGGUUCCGGCCACCAUCGUCAUCGCUUGUUAUUUUUACGAACAGGCUUUUAGGGAACAGUGGGAGAAAAGUUGGGUGAGCCAAAGUUGCAAGACUUACGCUUUCCAAUGCCCCAGCGCCCACCACCCGCCCAUGACGCCGGAUUUUACCGUCUUCAUGAUCAAAUAUCUCAUGACCUUAAUCGUAGGGAUAACCUCUGGUUUUUGGAUCUGGUCUGGCAAAACUCUUAAUUCUUGGAGAAAGUUUUAUACAAGACUUACCAACAGCAAACAAGGAGAAACGACAGUGUGACCCCCCCCCCCUUCUCCGACACCAAGCCCCCAACACUCCCCUACCCCCGACUUGUACACUGUAUAUGUUUUGUUGUAAAUAACCUGUAACAUUUUGUAAGUAUAUUUUGUAUUUAAAAGACGACAGAUCAUACCUUUUUUAAUGUAGGAUCUUCUAACUAUUUCUGAGUUCUAAGGCUGCUGGCUUCUUUAACGGGAAACCAUAAUUUUUUUUUUUGUCUAUUGCAAAGCCAUUGACUUGGAGAAAAUACGAAAAAAAAUGCUUUAUUUUUGUGGGGGUGGGAAUGGGGAUGGGUCUUUGAGAAUAAGGACUUUGAUAGCACUUGUAAGCAGCUUCUUAUCUAGCUUAUUAAGAUACCUCUCUGCCUCAGCUCUCUACCCCCCACCAGUUGAGAGACCUUUGGCCUUCUCCAGACACCAGAUAUGUUUUUUGUUUGUUUUAGGUUUUUUUGCUUAAUUUUGCAGAUGGUACCACCUGACUAGGGCCGCCAAAGCUCAAAAUGACAAUGAACAGGUAUUUUUGUAAUGUAUCCCUUUAAUUUUUAACGCCAAUAUUGCUUUUCGAAGGCCAGAGUUUAAAAAAAAAAAAUGUCCUCUGAUUUCACGAAAUAUUGACUAUUUUUUAAUGGAAGUGGUAAUGAGUGUAUGGUUGAUGGAAAAAUACAAUGGUCUGCAUUGGCUAUGCAUUAUUAAAUAACUUGGUUGUAUUUCAUAUGGGGAACAAAAAAAAAAAGGAAGGACAGGACCAGAUUUUCUUGGUGGGUCGAAUCUUCAU